AUGGGUCAUCCAAUUAAAUCAUUCCAACUAGAAAAUGGUGUCAUACAUAAAAUCAUUGAACGUCGGGAUCAGUCGAAAUUAAAGCUACCAUUGACACAUACAUCGAUGAUUCAAGAGUUAUUACAAGCUUACCAUGAUAAUUCAACAAGUGGACGUUUAGGCUUAAGAAAAACAUGGAACAAAAUUCAUAAUAGAUAUUAUUGGCCAGGAAUGUAUAACACUAUUAAACAACAUAUGUUAUUAUAUACAAAAUGUCAACAAUUCAAGGUAUCAGGGAAAAAAUCAGCUGGAACUUUAGAAUCGAUUGCAUCACCCACUGAUAUUUUGGACUUACUGGGUCUAAAUUUCGUGGAUACUAAAAAACGAUCAAUUGGUGCUUAUGUGAACCAACAACAAACGGAUUGGGAUGACUAUCUACAAUUCGUAACAUUUACAUACAAUACAUCCAAGCAGACAACAACAGGAAUGGAACCAUUCGAAUUAAGGGAUCAAAACAAAUGGGUUUGUUUAAAAUGCACAAAAUUACCUGGUGCGGUUGUCGUUGAGAUUGCUGUUGAGGUUGUCGUUGAAGUUGUUGUUGAAGUUGUUGUUGAGAUUGUCGUCGAAGUAGUCGUUGAAGUUGUUGUUGAGAUUGUCGUCGAAGUAGUCGUUGAAGUUGUUGUUGAAGUUGUUGUUGAGAUUGUCGUCGAAGUAGUCGUUGAAGUUGUUGUUGAAGUAGUCGUUGAAGUUGUUAUUGAGAUUGUCGUCGAAGUAGUCGUUGAAGUUGUUGUUGAGGUUGUUGUUGAGGUUGUCGCUGAAGUAGUCGUUGAAGUUGUUGUUGAGGUUGUUGUUGAGGUUGUCGCUGAAGUUGUCGCUGAAGUUGUUGUUGAAGUAGUCGUUGAAGUUGUUGUUGAGAUUGUCGUCGAAGUAGUCGUUGAAGUUGUCGUUGAAGUUGUUGCUAAGAUUGUCGUCGAAGUGGUUGUUGAGGUAGUCGUUGAAGUUGUUGUUGAGAUUGUCGUUGAAGCGGUUGUUGAGGUAGUCGUUGAGGUUGUCGUUGAAGUUGUUGCUAAGAUUGUCGUCGAAGUGGUUGUUGAGGUAGUCGUUGAAGUUGUUGUUGAGAUUGUCGUUGAAGCGGUUGUUGAGGUAGUCGUUGAGGUAGUCGUUGAGGUUGUCGUUGAAGGUGUUGGUAAGAUUGUAGUAGA